UAACUUGUGAAAGAGUCAGUCAGGGACAACGUAAACAUUAGUAAAAUACCAGAAGGAAACAUGGCGUCGUACGAGGAGCAACUUUGCCGAAUGAACGAGCGACAACAAUUGGACGCGGCUUUCAAGGCUCCGAUCGUGUUGUACGUCCAAGGUCUCUGAAGGGACGCUUGGCUGGCGAUUGGUGGAGAAAAAGGAAGUGAACAAGAACGAUGUGGCUGUACGGCAAUACUGCUUAGACAAACUACAAAGUUCAUAAAUACUGUCCACAUCCCUUGGUCAAGGAGAAGACUCCAGUAAAGCUAAAAGGAAGAACUAUUGAGAAGGGCUCACAGAUGGAAUAAUCCCGCAUUCCCAUAUGACCAGGCUUCAAUGGAAGCCUCGCAAGGAGAGGAGGAGGAAGAGGGGGAUUCACAGCCCCCACAUGUUAAAGAGGAAGAGGAGGAGAUUGACGUCAGCGAGUUGCCACUGACUGUGGUUGUUGUGAAGAGUGAAGACGACGAAGACGGACCACCUGAGUCGUCAAAUCUUCUUCGCCAUCAUCCUCACAGUUCAAGUGGAGGCCCAACACCGGAUGAUCUCUUAGCUCCACUGUCAGGCAGUGACGACGAGGAAGAUACAAGCGAUGUAGAGUGUGAAGGUGACGACAAGCAGUUGAAAAGCUCUGAAAAGAAGACAACUGAUGACGAACGUCAAAAAACUUUCAAGUGCUCCGAUUGUGAUAAAGUAUUUUCUUAUAAGUGGAAUUUGAAUGCACACAUGAGAACGCACACUGGUGACAAACCUUUUAGUUGUUCAGUUUGUGGUAAAAGUUUCCCACGAAAAGGAAAUAUGGUUAGACACAUGCGAAUACACGCAAGUGCAAAACCUUGUCCUGAUUCAGCUGGUGGCGAUACACAAAAUGUCUCCUUGACUGCACACACAGCGGCGCAAAAACCUUUUGCUUGCUCACUUUGCGGUGAAUGGUAUUCCCAUAAGCGCAGUUUGAAAAUACACAUGCGGACGCACACCGGAGAGAAACGCUUCAGUUGCUCGGUUUGUGGUGAAUGGUAUUCUCACAAGAGCAGCUUGAAAGUGCACAUGUGGACACACACAGGAGAGAAACGCUUUAGUUGCUCAGUUUGUGGCGAAUGUUUUACUUACAAGCACAAUUUGACAGCACACAUGGCAACCCACACGGGAGAAGCAUUCAGUUGUUCCGUUUGUGGUAAAGGUUUUACUUGUAAGCAAAAUAUGAAGAUUCACAUGAGGACACACACGGGAGAAAAACCUUUCACAUGCUCUGUUUGUGAUAAAAGCUUUUCUUAUAAGUCUGCUUUGACCCAACACAUGAGAACCCACACAGGAGAAAAACCUUAUAGUUGCUCAAUUUGCGGUGAUGAAUUUGCUCAGAAGGUCAUUUUGGUUGCACACAUGGCGACACACACCGGAGAAAAACCUUUCACUUGCUCAGUCUGUGGUAAAAGCCUUUCUUAUAAACAUGGUUUGAAAUCACACAUGCAAACACACACGGGAGAAAAAAGGCUCAGCUGCUCGGUAUGUGGCGACAGCUUUUCUUCCAAGCCCAGUUUGAAUAUACACAUGAGGAGACACACAGGAGAAAAACCUUUCACAUGCUCAAUUUGUCGUAGAAGCUUUUCUCACAAGAAUACUUUGACAGCACACAUGCGGACCCACGACAAAGAAUAAUAAUAUAUAUUACAGGAAUAAUGUUUUCCUCUCAGGGGGCAUUUCAGUUCUUACAAAGGGCUUCAUGAAAUGUAGGGAAAAAAUAUGGUUCAACAUUUGAACAAAUGUUCAUUAUUAUGUGCAAUUUAUUGUGUAUGAUGAUAUAUGAGCUGCUGGUUGAGGAGUGGCUGGAAGGUCAUCCCGUAGCUUGCGGGAGCAGUAUGAGGAGGAGUUGCUCUGUAUUGUUCUUUACACACGCUACUGUCCGUUUGUUAAAAGAAAAGAAUAAAUUAUCAAAUUCUUAA